AUCUGCUGUCUGCUGAUUCAUAUUCAAACGAAGAUCUCUGCUGCCCUUCUCAAUAGACCCGAAAAGCUUUAGAAUCAUGAGGAAAAGGGUUCUGAUAUGUAUGCUCAUAUUUCUUUCAACCUUCUUUCCAAUGUCUUUCUCUGGGUUUGAUCCUCCUAAUCCUAUGGCAGCUAGGAGGAAACGCAUGAGUCAGAAAGUUCGCAAAAUGUUUUACCAUGCUUACGAGAACUAUAUGAUGCAUGCGUUUCCGCAUGAUGAGCUUAAACCUUUGACCAAAACGUACACAGAUUCUCUUAGCGAGCUUGGAAAUUUGAAGCUUGAACAUCUUCCGCAGAAGUAUAGUGGAUCAGCUCUUACACUGAUUGAAUCAUUAUCCAGUCUUGUUAUCUUGGGUAACCACACUGAGUUUGAAAAGGCAGUUCUUUGGCUUUCAGUAAAUCUGUCAUUUGACGUUGAUGCAAGAAUAAAUCUUUUUGAGUGCAACAUAAGAGUUCUUGGAGGACUAGUUUCUGCUCAUAUUCUUGCAACUGAUUCUACAAACAGGUUGGUUCAAGGAACUUAUAAGAAUCAACUUCUUGAUCUGGCAGAGGAUUUGGGGAGACGUUUUCUACCUGCUUUUGAUACGCCAACCGGACUGCCAUAUGCUUGGAUCAACUUAAAGCGUGGGGUGAUGCAGAACGAGACAACUGAAACGAGCACAUCUGGGUGUGGCUCACUGAUUCUUGAAAUGGGAGCAUUAUCUCGUUUAACUGGGGAUCCAAUUUUCGAAAUAGCUGCUUUGCGUGCCCUACGUAAGCUGUGGAGCAUGCGGAGUUCUCUCAACCUUCUCGGCACUACAUUGGAUGUAGCAACUGGAGAGUGGAUAGAAUUUUCAACGGGAAUUGGGGCUGGUGUCGACUCCUUCUACGAGUAUCUUGUCAAAGCGUACAUUCUCUUUGGGGGAGAUGAAUUUUGGAAGAUGUUUCAGUCUGCUUACCUUGCUGUGCAGAAAUAUUUCAGACAUGGACCAUGGUAUCAUGAUGCGGACAUGAGAACAGGAAAAGCUACUUAUUGGCAACUUACAAGUCUUCAAGCAUUUUGGCCAGGCGUGCAGGUUCUAGUUGGUGAUGUUGAUGCAGCUAAUUCAUCACAUCGAGAGUUUUUCCAUGUAUGGAAAAAAUUCGGAGUACUACCUGAGAGGUAUCUACUGGACCAUCAGAUGUUGCAUCCCACGGAGAAGUACUAUCCUCUACGUCCUGAAUUUGCGGAAUCUACAUUUUACCUAUACCAAGCAACCAAAGAUCCAUGGUAUAUGGAAGUGGGUGAAUUAAUCAUUAAUUCUCUAAACCAAUAUACUAAAGUUCAAGGUGGAUUUGCGAGCGUUAGAGAUGUGACAACCAUGGAAUUAGAAGAUCAUCAGCACAGUUUCUUCCUCGCUGAAACGUGCAAGUAUUUGUAUCUUCUCUUCGAUGAUUCAUUCUUGGUCAAUCGAAAUUACAUCUUCACAACCGAGGGCCAUCCUCUCCCAGUUUUAAGCACUUGGCACGAUAGACUUUCCGAGGCCUAUUUACCAAGCAACUGGACUUCAUUCAAGCACGAAAAACACAGAAAGCGGGCUAGUGCAAUGUCACAGCGGAUUUGUCCAGCUACCACGCUUAGCCAUGAACAGGAGUAUCAGCACCUCGAGAGCGCUUGCCACAUCCCCGAUACGCGUGGUGACCAUAGAUGCUUGACCGACGAAGAUUGCGGUGUUGAUUCAACAACCUGUAGGAGACGAUCGUGCAGUAUGGCCGGGUACUGUGGUCUGUGGUUGUUGAUAUGAAAACUGGCCUGUAUAUAUAUAUAUACCGAUUCUUUUGAGGUGAUAUGUAUUUUAGCCUCACAGGUUGUUUUAUUCAGUUCAGGAAAAAAGAUUUUUGAAGUGCA